UAACCCAUACGCCGCGUAAUAUUAUGCGGAGCACGCGCGAGGGUAUCGGAAGGCCACGUCUGUCAUAUGUCAUUAAUCGCCUUGAAGUAUUCCAAGUGACGAACCAACAUAUCAACAUUCGCAGUAGCUAUUUGGAGAUUUAAGAAUUUUUCCACCGGCUGUCAUUUGCUUACCACAGCGAAUCAUCAACAAAUCAGUAUUUAACCCGACAGAUUAGUUUGACAGAUGAUGAACGUUCCGCUGUACGGUGUUGCUACGACCAUUGUGAUAUUGUUCAUCACGCUUUUUGGAUUAGAGACGAUUUUUAAAAUAACCAUAGUUCUCAUUGUGCUGCUAACAGGAAUACUAACGUCCAUUUAUGGUCGCUACGCUACCAAUCUUGAUGAGGAAGUUAAAAACCGUAGAGAAAACUUGUUCAAAAAGACGGACAAGUUACGACAGAUAAUCGAUGAUGCAACCAAACACAAGGUGAAAUUCACUACUGACAGAAGAGUCACUGGUAGUCAUGUUAUCGAUGAAUCAUUGCAGGAGAUAUUAGACUUCAUUUUGAGGGAUCAUGUUGAGCCAUGGUACAGUCGUUUAACGGAUGAUGAAGAGUUCACCAAGUCCGUCAGAGACACAGCUCAAAAGAUUGCUAUUAAUUUAGCAAAUAGGGUGAAGGAUGUUGACUGGAUACCGUAUCUGACAACACGGCUAGUCGAUGAUGCUGCGUCGCAUGUCCGUCUUUAUAGACAAGCCCGUGCAAAGAUGAAAGGAACCAAACCUCACAGAGGCAGUGGGAGUUCGAGUACAUCAGGAAGUACACCCAAAAAGAGUGCAACACCAACCCACCGUAGAAACAAAAGCGAGACCGAUAUAUCUUGGUAUUCUCAAUCAAAAUUUUACGUUCCAAACCUUGGAGCCCUCACAGAACCCGGGCCUGAACCAACAAGUGACUCGGAGGAUUCUUUGGAAAAAAUAUUCUUUGACCUCGAAGUACAAAUGGAAAAUAAUCUAAUCUGCAGGGAUCUCGUAUGCACCGAUGAAAGUCAAGAGCUGGUGUUCCUCUCUGAAAUAUCAGAAAUUCUUUUAUUUCUGUUACUGCCGAAGGAAGAUUUUGACUGUUUAUCCGUCAGAAUUAUCCUGAGAGAGCUGCUAGUCAACGUUGUUAUGAAACCGAUGCUGAAUUUGCUGUCUGAUCCAGAUUAUAUUAAUCAAGCUUGCAUAUGGCUGUGUUCUAAGGAAAUGUCCCUUCCUAGUGAAAUGUUUUUAACAGUAAUCCGAAUAACAGACAACCUUGAGGAACUAGCUGCUACCAAAGUUAUCGUGUCGAAAGAAAUCGCACACCUACGGUCAAAAGAUUCAGGUGGGGAGGACGAUCUGACAGUUAAACAACGGUUGAACAGCAUGUUAUAUGUGAAAAAAAUUCUGGAUACUCGCAUGAUACGGAUGCAAGAGGGUCUGGAGAAUGACCUGACUGAUGGUAUGAGUACUCACCCGGAUUGGAACCGACUGCUGGUCCCUGGUCACAAACUAGUAAAUCUCCCACUGGAUGAAUUAUUGAAAAAUAACAUAGCUCUCAGCUAUUACAUCGAUUAUAUGACAAGUAUAGGUGCAGAGGGUUACUUAUUCUUUUAUCUAAAUAUCUAUGGUUGGAAAGUAUCAGCCGAGCAACAGAUAUCUGACAUAGAACUUCAGAAGCUCCAAGGCAAUGGUACUGACCAUGGGCUAAAGUCCAAAAAUAUCGAUCUUGAAAACCUGAAAGAAGCUGCAUUAAAAAUCUACCAACAAUAUCUUAGUGACAAGGCGUCCAUACGGCUCCAGCUUGAUGACGCCCUCGUUAAAAAUCUUAUUUCUCGGAUAAAAUCCGAAACCGUAAGAGAAACGUGGUUCGAUGACCUACAGACCUGUUGCUAUGAUAAACUUCAAAACGAGGACCGAUUUUUGCCUGCCUUCAAACGGUCGGUUUCAUAUAUCAAGCUUCUGGCAGAAUUAGACUUGCUCAAAGAUCCUACAUCCGAAGAAGACUCGAGAUCAUUGGACAGCAUAAGCGUUUCAUCAUUGAGCACAGAUAUUGACGUGCAUCAGACUGAUGUCGAAGAGACUGGGUUCAGAGUGAAAUCGAAUCCCAACUCUUCAACGCACCUGACGAGUCUGGGAGUGGAGCAAGGGGGUGGAGUAUUUGAUGAGACAGAUUUAUAUACAGAGGCUAAUACUGAUGCCGAAGUUUUUACAGAAGCGACUCAGGUCAGCGUUUUUGGAGAUGGGAAGCGAUUGGCAAGGGAUAUAAGUUCCAGCACUGAUUCGGACGUGACAUUCUACUUAGAAGGGGACAGUGACCAGCGGUAUCUUAAAAUUGGAGAGACGGAAACUGAUCAGAAUGCAAUUAAAAAAUUGCAGCAAGGGAGAUUUGACAUAGUCGCAGAGAUAAUUGAGACUGGUAUUGUUAGUGACAGAGGAAAAACAUAUGGUAUUUAUGCAGUUGCGGUAACCAAGAGGUACGACACAGGAUAUCAAGAAAAGUGGCAUAUCUACAGGAGGUACUCAGACUUUCACGACCUUCACCAGAAAAUCAAGGACAAAUAUUAUGACCUCGCUAAAGUUCCAUUUCCGGCAAAAAAAGCUUUCCACAACAUGGACCGCUCAGUCUUAGAAAGAAGAAUGACCAUGCUCAAUGCUUGGCUACAGCAAUUGACCAGACCUCUUACUGUAGAUGGACAUUUGGGCCUACAAUCUUUACUGCUCAUGUUCUUGGAACAAGGAGAUUACGACAAAGGUGUCACCGGGGGUCAUGUCGCCAGAACGCUUGAUACUUUGGUGAAUCCUCUAAAGACUUCUAUGAAGAAUAUGACACAGGCAGUAAAGACUAUGCCAGAUAAUAUGCUGAGCACGGUAGAUGGUGUGAUGGACAACAUAAGCAAAUUCUUUGGUAAUCCGAAGAAAAAUAACAUACUGUAUGAAAGUGCCAAAGUUGGGGCAAGCCUCGAUGCGGAAACAGAUGAUAACAUUCCAUUGCGAAUUAUUUUGCUCUUGAUGGACGAGGUGUUUGACCUAAAAGUGAAGAACCAAUGGCUUAGGCGUAGAAUUGUGACAUUAUUGCGGCAAAUAAUCCGAAUGAUGUUCGGUGACAUCGUAAACAGAAGAAUAGUAGAAUACGUUUCCCUCUUGACAAGCCCGAAGAACGUCGCGACGUAUUUGAAGCUAUUCAAGCAGAGUUUUUGGCCAAACGGUGUAAAGGCAGAAGCAAAACCACCACGAGACUCCGAAACAAAAAGCAGAACCCGUGUAGCAGCAAAAAUUGCUUUGCUUUCAUGCUUCUCAGACGAACUUAAACAUAUCAUUGGCAGUGAAACUACGCGCCGUGGGUUACUCAGAGUAUUUCAACUCUUUCAAGAACCUGUGCUCAAUCGAAGACUGCUUUACGUACUCUUAGAGGGUAUCAUAGAGAAUUUAUUUCCGCAAAACGACUUGGUAUCCGUUAUUAGAAAAUUGUAUUCAUCAUCAUCGAGGGUGAAAGUCAAGGAAAAGGGCAAGUCUUGAUGAACGGCCAUGUGCUCGUCGCCUCAACGCAACUGACAGAUACAUCAUUGUACAAUAUGUUGAUAAUGCGUGGUGAUGCAGCCUUGAAGCAUCAACUUUGAAAGAAUUGAACACCGAAUUCAUUUUAGGGCAUCUAAAUCAGAAUAGAAUAGUUGAUGUAUCUAUCUCUGGCAGGGUAUCGUUCGAUGUAAUCGCCUUGUACAUUCAUAGCGUACCCAUAAAUGUAUAUAUGUAUGUACACUAGUACCUACUUACUGAGGAGUGACCGACUCACGACGUCGAGGUACAUGUUUUAAGUACCUCAGUGGCCAAAAAUGAUGAUAACCAAAGUUGAAUCGGCUGAAUUUCAUGAAAGUCCAAAUGGGCAGCUGUAACCAAUCGGUAUUACACAGACUAAUAAUUAUUAUUUCAUGAAUUUUACAUUUGUGAUUAAUUAUAAAGGUGUAUACACUAUAUAUAUAUAUGUACAAUACAUACACACACAAACACGUGAAUCACAUGACACCGUAUUAUCUAAUCAUUCCAAUCGCAUUUUAGCUUAUAUUAAAAAUAUCUCAUUCUUCGGUGAAACGCGAAAAAAAACUCUGCCGCGAACACAAUGCACUCGCCCCCGAGAGCUGCAGUUAGCCCACGGGAGUUAUACUUUAUUAGUCAAUCUCAGUAUACAGAAAUAUUAUACAUAUACGGUAUAAAUACAAUAAUAUAAUUACUAGAGAUAAUGAUCAUCUGAUUAUUUGGUUAAACGGCGGCUACUAUACAUAUGUUUACCCAUUGCUCUGAACAUGAAUACAAUAUCCAAACUGCCGCGUCUUGUGCCAUUUACUUCAUACAUUUAUAUUUAUUUUUUAUCAGGCCGGAUUUUGGUGAAUGGAGAUUAAUGUUGAGAUUUAGAAUUCACGGCAUGUGGAACUGCAGCCCAUUUGAAUGUCAUAGUAUCUACUAGGAACAAAUCAAUCAUUCAUAAGGUAUCCAUAGCGUAUAUCUCUGUAUAUAGAUACAGUUAUUUAUAUUGUAUUAAAAUAAUGCCCUACAAUUAUUAAAAAAUGUCUUUAUAUUAUAA